AUGUCUUCUAGCAAGGUACUGAGUACGGUAUUACUAUUACUGGCGGGUACAGUUUUCUUAUUCAAAGUUUUUGCUGGCUUCUUGCCGCAUUUUGUUCGAGUUCCACCGGUGAAAUGGCGAUUGAGAGUAAACAAUGCCAUAAAGGCUGCUGAAGAAGCCACCAACAAGAUUCCAGCAAUUAACUUUGGAUGGAAAUGUGGUAGCGUCAGACGUCAAAUGAUUUUAGCGUCUUUCAAACCUUCUGACUACACAAACAAGGUAUAUGGGUCGAGAAUUCAUGUUGGUGCAGAAGACCGUAAAAAUCGCGAAUCGUUCGUGAAUCGCCUGGUUCCAAGCAAAAGACCUUACAAGCGUGUUAUUUACGGAUAUUUUCAUCCAUACUGUGAUGCAGGUGGUGGUGGGGAGAAAGUACUUUGGAAAGCUGUGGAGACGACAUUGCAAAGAGACCCCAACUGCGUCACUGCGAUCUAUACUGGCGACAACGAGUCUUCCGGUAGCGAUAUUCUUGCAAACGUGGCAAAGAGGUUUGGUUAUCAGCUCGAUAGCUCUAGAGUCGUGUUUAUAUACCUCAAGUCUAGACAUUGGGUUGAUCCACAGACAUGGCCCAGACUCACGCUUCUAGGACAAGCACUGGGAUCGGUUAUCUUGACAAUUGAAGCGCUAUACAGAAUGACACCUGAUAUGUGGUGUGAGACUAUGGGAUACCCUUUCUCAUAUCCAAUUGUUAAGUGGAUCGCUCGGAUUCCCGUAAUAACGUAUACGCACUACCCCAUAAUAUCGUCGGAUAUGCUGGAUAAGCUAGCCCUGAUGCCGGGCUUCCGCAAAAGCCUUAGACUAAGGCUGAAAUAUUUGUAUUGGAAAAGUUUCAUGAUGCUAUAUCGCUCAACUGGAAGAUACGUCGACAUUGCUAAUACGAACUCAACCUGGACUCAAAAUCACAUCAAAAAAAUUUGGCUCAAUUGCGAUGAGAGAAUCAUCUAUCCUCCAUGCUCGACGGAAAAUUUGGUCUUUGAAGAGGAUACUAUCAAAUGGUCCAGGGAAAAUCAGGCAGUUAUCAUAGCACAAUUCAGGCCGGAAAAGAGACACAGUUUGAUUAUUAGUUCCUAUGCUUCGGCCUUGAAAGAGAACCUUUCGGAAAACGAGAUAAACUUACCGAAACUUAUCUUCAUUGGUUCUACUAGAACUGAAGACGAUCGUUCCUUUGUUAAAGAGCUGACAAAACUGUGCUUCGAGGAUUACAAGAUACCGCAAAAUCUGGUAGAUUUCAAAAUCGAUUGUGAAUAUAAUGUUAUGAAGGACUAUUUGCGCAAGUCAACAUAUGGAAUAAACGCAAUGUGGAACGAGCACUUUGGUAUUGCUGUCGUUGAAUAUGCGGCCUCUGGGUUGAUCUCUCUCGUUCAUGCAUCUGCAGGUCCUUUGCUGGACAUCGUCGUGCCAUGGGAUACUACCUCCAACCAACAAGUUUCUGAUCAUACCGACCGUACCAGAACAGGCUUCUUCUUCAAAGACCCCAGCGACCCCGACUUUGCCAAAGGCGAUUCGGAAAACUAUAGCUCCCUCAAAGACACGUUUUUACAAAUUGCUAAGCUGAGUAACGAGGAGAAGCAGGUUAUCUCGCAGAGAAGCAAGCAAUGUGUACUGAGCAAGUUUUCCGAUGAUACUUUUUCGAAAAAGUGGAACAGAGUACUUGACGAUCUUCCAGAGAUCGAUUUCUCUCGCCAGUAA